AGCUCUUUUUUUGAUAUAUCAGAUGACUCGGCGAAGAGCUCGCAAGCCGAGUCCCAUACCUGAAGAAGAAAGGCCUUCGCCAUCAGUUUCUCCGGAGCUUGGAUUCCAAGAUGAGAUUGAUAGGAUCAUAAAUGAGAACUGCAAUGAGAAUGAAAACUCCAACGACACAGACACAAUCUCUACCACUAGCUCUCGUGCUGGCUCACGCGUUGGCUCUAGAAAGAAACGUGGACCAAAGAUUGUGGUGAACAAGAAUGAUGACGUUUUGAUCGCGUUUUUAGAAGAAAAAAUCGUUGAUGCUUUUCAAACUGUUUAUACAACUACGUGUGGUAUCGCCGGUCCGCAGUAUGCCUCUGAAAUGCUUCAGGACGCUUUCACAAAGGUUCAAGAGUUGGGCGAUGACGAUAAGCCUAGGAUAAAAAAGAUCUUUUUUGAGAAAAUUGAAACAAGAUUGUGUUUUAUGGUUGAAGCACUAACUUCACUUGAUAACCGACGCAGAGUUUUUCGGUUUCUCGCUGACUUUUUCGUACAUCAGUGGAGGAAAGGCAUACCUGAUUUCCUGGAAUUCGUCAUCCAGUUUUGCGAGGAGCUGUCUAUAUGUGAAGACCCUAUAGUGAGGCAGAACGCCUGUACCCUGACAGGUUUUGUGCUUGGUGCUGGUAGAGGACAAUGUGACAUCGGUACGGCUCGUGCUCUUUCCGUGGACUACAGGCGACGACUAUACGAGAUUCUUCUCAGUCGUCAGAUAGAUAAGUCUGGUGCAGUACGAAGGGAAGUCAUUCUUUCGGUAGCAGAUAUUCAAGACGACGAGAUCCCGAAUGAUUUUCCAGAAGCAUUGGAAAGGAGCCCAAAAGACAUGAUCCUGAUGGGUUUACGAGACAGUGUAGCCGAUUGUCGACUUACUGCAGCAUUUGCCCUGAACGUCAUUGUACCUGAACAUGCUGAUUACAUCAUCGAAUUAGCUUCAUUUGAUCCAGCUACAAACGUUCGCGUAGUUGCGAUUCGUCAGCUGGCCACGCUACCGCUUACAUUUUUCACAGAACAACAACGAAUGGAUCUGCUGCGUGGUGUGGUCUUCGAAGAUGAGCCGUCUAUUGUGGAUGUUCUGUAUAAUGUGCUCAUAUCUGAAUGGCUGAAGUUUAUUCAUCGAGUGCAGGAGAAGAGAAAUCGGCGAAGGGUUCAUUGCGUAGAGGUCGAGGGAUCAGUCACAUACAUAAAGGAAGAAGUAGACGACUCAGACAUAAUGAAUCUCUCACAAAAUCUGAGAGACUUGAGAACCGACCAUGGCUAUGGUUCUGCUGCGCUCGGUUUACUGGUUAUGCUGGACUUCUGUGACGAUCCUGAGGCUGAACCAUUGACGCGGAGAGUUCUGUUUGUAGUUUUUGACGUCAUACGAGAAAAGCUCCAGUUGGAACAUAGUCAGCUAACCCAUUUUAUUUCAUCCCUCGUCAAUGAUAACACGCACCCUGAAGUUUUGUCAACGCAUAAUUACAGGACAUUGUUGAAUGAUAGCUUGUCGGGAACGGACCAGGCCCAAUAUGCAUUCUUUUGGCGGACUCUCAUCGAGUACUGCGCUGAACGUACAGAUAGUGAAUCCGAGCGCAUGGAAUGCAUCUACAUGCUAGCGCCGCCAUUGGCUGAGAUGUGUCAAAUGGUGCAGAGGCUGAAGACGCGAUACGAGCCAUCAAGUGAUAUCUACUGUCUCGACGAAGGUGCAACUCAAAUUUGUGACAUUCAACAGAUUGCACUUCUGCAUCUUCUUGGUAUACUCAGACAUUUGGAUCAUAAAGACGAAAUAGGAAUGAGUGAAUGGAGAAGUCUACUUCUGCUAAUCCUCAGAGAUCAGUUUUGGUCGAAAGAGAUCACUGACUGUGCGAUGAAUGAUCUUGCUGACUUCUUUUUUGAUGAGAAGCCUGAGCCAUUUCUUGCAACGUUGCACGAUUUCAUUAUCGAGGCAAUCACAAAUGCUCCUAGCCCAUCUGAGAUGAACGGAGGCGGCGAAUCGCCAAAUUCGCGACCAAAAAGACCACGGAGAUCUUUGGAUUUGCAUCAGGCAGAUGAACGUACAAGAAGAUUUUGUAUGCAAAUUACGCAUUCUAUGCUGCGUACUGGUGUUUUCACGAAGUUCAGUCCGAUCUUACAAAAACUCUACGAAGAUAUCAUCAGUCCAUGUCUCUCAACGGAAAAUAUCCAGCUUCGUAUCUGGGCUAUGGAAUCCGCUGCACUCCUUGGAGCUUUGGACCAACAGAUUGCUGCAGAAAUUCUUCCUAGCACAGCCACUGCAAUAGAGUCAGAUGAAGAGGCGCUCAAGAUAUCAGUUAUCGACGUGGUAGCGGAUUUGAUUGUCACCCAUGGCUGCAGAGAAGUAUUGAGUUGGUGCCGUAGCGCCGCUGGGGAUUCUGAUAAUGGGCGGAGCUUUAUAAAUGAGCUGAUUGACAUUGUAAUGUGUAAGAAAACUGGACCGCUCCUGUGCAUCAAAGCCUGUGAAUGCCUUGCCAAAAUUGUGAUAGUAGAAAGUCUUUCGACAGAGGAUAAUUAUCUGGUCGAGGCACUUGCUGCGCUAAUCUCGAGGAUGUUCCAUGCUUUCACGGUCAAAAUGCCUGCGGUGAAAAAUUGUCUAGAAUGCUUUUUUGGCAUGUAUCCAGCCGUCAGCAGAAAGAACCAACUGCUUCUGAUAGCAACGUUCCAUGAGCUUAUGUCUCACAUACGAAAUGCUUCUGGUGACGAGUUUGUUCUGCGCAUCAACAUAGCAGAUGCACUAAAUCUUAUCGUCAAUUCGACUUCCAGGGUUUUACUGCGUAAUUCUUCUGACAGAAAGGAAGGGUCAGUGCAACCACUUUUUAUGCGCGAAUUGUUGAGCUACGCAAAUGAGAAUCCGGAAGACACUUGUUCAUUGCUCUAUUGGGAAACAGCGGCUGCGUUAGAGUUGAACGAGUUCUCGCUGGAUCAAUUGAAAGAGACGCAAAAUUUCAUUACGGAAAAUAUGGAGAUGAUGAUUGCUAAUGCGGGAUUGAAGAGCAAGGUAGCCAGCGAAAUCAAAGGGUUGCUGCGUCAUGUAGAAAACGCUUUAGCGACUUACUCGUUGCGGAAAGCUGAGGAGCUUGAAGGUGAUGAUCGCCUCACGGAGCUGCGUGAUAAGUUUGGGCGCACCCCAGGACGAGGAAAAAGGCGUACACCAAAGACGUCGAAUAGUACGCCAGUGCGAUCGAGUAAACUAAGUGUGACCAAGAAGAAAAAGACUUCCACUAGCGCGAAAAAGACCACCCAGCAACUUUUGGAACGACAAGAAACACCAUCUCCUCUAUCAGUGGCGGGUUCACUGGUAACGCCAGUAGCACGCACGCGUCCAUUACUUAGCCGUUCUGCAAAGCAAGCUGCAGUCACCAAAACCAGGCGAUGGUUGUUUGAGAAGAAUGACAAUAGUGAUGAUGAAAGUCAGUAGCAGAUACUUCCGGUGUUUUUUUCCGGUUCCUCUACAAUGAUGAUUUCCUCACAUUUCUCAGCCUUAGUAUAUAUUGUCCUUCAUUUGAAAGCAGCGUCAAGGCAAAUCUGCGUACGUUAGGAUCAUGAAUGGGAACUGGUGAAGGGGCACCUAUUGAGGCACUGCCCAAGCUCAACGCAGGAGGAUUUUUUUUGGCCGAGAAUUUCAUCCCCAAAUCUCUCAGACUCCGAUCCGGUAGCGUAAGUAGCAUCGUGCUUGCAUGCUUUCGCUGUAUUUGAACCGAGUCCGGUCAGUUUCCGCGCGAGAUGCAGUCGUAUGCUAAAUAUGGUAUUGGAGCGGGGUAUAAUAGAUUUGCAGGUGGAUUUUUGGCAAUGGAGAAACCAAACGCGUUGCCUUGGGCAGUGCCUUGGUUAGAACCCUUCAUUAAUCUCCAUUUGAGAAACCACGCCUAGAUUUGCUUGGACACUGUCUUCAGGAUGUAAUUACAUCCUUACACAGCCGUUUCCAAAUACCUCUUUCAUGCUCAUCAACCUUUAUCUGUUGUGUACCGCAAUCGUAAUCACUUAAGCUUAAACUGUAUAGAUCUCUGUCGUCACUGCCAUUCUAAUCACCGCAAUCUCGUUUUUGCAUGAUAUUUACUCUCAUUUCAAUUGGGCAUUGCGUGCUGUUCCUCACAAUCCGUCUACGUGUAAUCAUAGAUCUUCGUUUAUGUUGGUUUGUGAAAAGUUCUUGAACAUAGCCUUGUGAUGCAAGUUCCCACACUCCUCUUUACCACCUCAGUCCCAAUUUCAGAGUUUACAAUAAACAGCGUGUGAGCUUGCUUCUUGAGCAUAGCCCUUAGCUAAGGAAAUCCCUCAACCUCACAAAGGAGACUCUUUCUUAUGCUCAUCUAAUGAUCAGUUCAUAUCUCC